AAGAGGAGAAAGAAGAAUAAUGCAGAGCCAAAGGGAUACCAGAGUCACACUCCAUGGAUACCACCUUCUCUGCCACCGACAUUAUUGCAUGAUCUCACCGUGACGAGGGAGGAGCUCAUGCAUGAUUUCAAGACUUCACUGGACAAAAUCAAACAAGGAAAUUUCAGUAAGGAGGAUAAUCACAAACCGCUUGCACCGACACCACCAGUAGUGACAGCAGCGAUUGCUGAACGCAGUCCAACUGGAUUGAAGAUCAAUGAGAGCAUAUGUGACGAUACUGCGGAAAACGUUUGGAAAGGUAGAACAAGAAGCAGGAGUUGCAACAAGAAAGAGAGACCGCCAUUUAGGUUCGCGUUGACGGAAUCGGAAAUUGAGGAAGAUUUCAUGAAGAUGACAAUGAAUAAAAAUUGGCCACCGCCGAAGCAGAAAAAGCAGUCCAGAAAUCUGCAGAAACAAUUGGAUAUAAUGAAGCUGGUGAGAAAGAGCAGUCAGAAUCACAGAUGCAAUCUUUAUCUGCAAAUGGAAUUUCUGAUCCAGGUGCUGGUAUGCAGAAUAAUCAGUAUGUAACACCUGCACCACUUGGAACUGGGUAUGCUAUGGCGCCCCCUCCUUAUCCAUAUCCAGAUCCUUACUACAGAAGCAUGUUUGCUCCGAAUGAUACACAGCCAUAUCCCCCGCAGCCAUAUGGUGGACAUCCAAUGAAUUUUAUCUCAUGCCAGGCCCAUAUUCAGUUAAUGGGAAUUCAGCAAGCUGGUGUUCCUUUGCCUACUAAUGCAAUUGAGGAGCCUGUGUUUGUAAAUGCAAAGCAGUAUCACGGUAUCUUAAGACGUAGGCAAUCCCGUGCUAAAGCUGAAUCCGAAAAUAAGGCUAUCAGGAAUCGUAAGCCAUACCUGCAUGAAUCUCGACAUCAGCAUGCACUUCGACGAGCAAGAGGAUGUGGAGGCCGAUUUCUGAACUCAAAGAAAGAUGAGAAUCAACAGGACGAGCUGUCACCUGCUGACAAAUCACACUCAAACGACAAUCAUAAUCCUGACAAAAACAAUCUUGCACCAUCAGAUAGAGCAUCCUAACACUACAGGAGCACUGACAGUGUGGACAACAACCGGCCAGUGUCUAUAUCGCGAGACCAGUCUCUGGGGAACAGCAGAGUCAGAUAUCUAGCUAUCGCUUCGACACUGCAAAUGCAAACCCCCAUAUGUAUAAUUAUAGGUAUAGGCUGUGUAGUAAUAGUAGUUAGGGAGGUUGAAAGAGGAAGCAAGUAAUUAAUGUAAAUUGAAGUGAUUAUUGUGGUCCCUUUUACCGGUAUAUUUAGUUUGGGGUAAAAAUGGAAUAAAACUUUUUAUGGAUGAGUUCAGUGUGUACUUUUAGUCUUUUACAUCCAUUUUUAAUCCUAGCCAGACAUACCCUUAUAGGUGAGAUUUUUUAGUAAGAGUACAAUUUCUUUGUACUAUUUGGAAUCGUAGGAAGAUUGGAGAUUAAGCAAAGUCAUCAUAGUUUGUUUGGAUCAUGUUUAUUUAGCUUGUGAGAAGUGGUAGAUCAGUUGUUGUACCUGUCUUUUGGUUCAUGGUCGUUAAAGAGGUUGAUAAAUUGAAACUAA